CAGAAAUCCCUUCAUAUUUGAACGGCAGCGCAGCGAGACCAGAGUACCAGACGGCCGCCCUCAUCUCUUCCAGCUUCCGCCCCACAGCCCCCUCCAUCCGCAUCACCACCAUGGACGAGCACGACGAUCUCUACAUGAUGGAAGAAGAGCUCGACGACGGCCGCUAUUACGACGACGUAGACGACUUGAGCUCCCAACAGCGUCUAAAGCGUGUGCUGUACCCGCCGCGACUCAUGGUGGACUUCAAGAGCUUGGGUGUCGAAGCUCUGAGGCGCUACGCCAAGUUCUACCACCUUAAGUUCGACGACGACGCGGACAAGGAGGAGCUGGCAGCGCAGGUGGCUCGUCACUUCGAUAUGUCGCUGGAGGUGGAGGAGGACGACUCCAUCGUCGCCUUCAUGCAGCGUCUGCGUAAUGGCGAGCGGACGGCGGUCAAGCGCUCGACUGUCCGUGAGAAGGAGCGCAAGGCGCAGGCGGCCGCCGACAAGGCCAAGCGCAAGUCCAACAGCCGCAAGCGCCAACGUGACCACUCCGUGUCCGUCUCGUCCGGUCGCAACACAAACAACAGCUCGAGCCACAAUACGAGCAACGGAAACUCCGGGAACUCGUCCACUCACCACAGCCACUCGAGCGGAUCCAGCAACGGCCACAGCGGACGGAGUGAAGGUCGCAAAGCUCCACCGAGCAGUUCGAAACCUGCCAACUCGAGUGGCAAGAACAAGAAGAACAAAAAGGACGCAGACACGGGCGAGGACAACGAACUCUACUGCAUCUGCAACUUGCCCAGCUACGGCAACAUGAUCGCGUGCGAUGGCAAGACGUGCCCCAACCCGUCGCAAUGGUACCAUCUCGAGUGUGUGGGUCUGGCCGAUGGCCGCCAUCCGGACACGUGGUUGUGUCCGGAGUGCGACCCCAAGGGCUUCUCCGGUGGCUCCUCCAACAGCCACAAGAAGAAGAAAAACAAACGCUCCAAGUCUCCUGGCAACAAGUAAAAGGGAUCCUUUCAGUGGCGAGGAGAAGAGCGACUGCUGUUGCUUUUGCUGCGUUGCAUGCCUUCGAUUCAUUCAAAUAUACCUCUAUUGUUGAUCGCUUAUGUAGC